UCCUUUUGACCUUUCCAGCACUUAUCCAGCUCCCACUAUCUUUUACAAUGGCUCUAUGGAUGCAGUGUCUGCCCCUGGUUCUUGUCCUCCUUUUCUCUACACCCAACACCGAAGCUCUAGCCAACCAGCACUUGUGUGGGUCUCACCUAGUAGAAGCCCUGUACCUAGUAUGUGGGGAUAGAGGCUUCUUCUACUACCCUAAGAUCAAACGGGACAUCGAACAAGCACAGGUCAAUGGACCCCAGGACAACGAGUUAGAUGGAAUGCAGUUCCAGCCUCAAGAGUAUCAGAAAAUGAAGAGGGGGAUUGUGGAGCAAUGCUGCCACAGCACAUGUUCUCUCUUCCAGCUGGAGAACUACUGCAACUAGGGGACCUGGCAAAUGCUCUCUUACAAGGCACCUUCAAGGCAAUUCCAUCAUGCAAAAACAUCAGGACAGAGAACGUGGUCUAACUGUGAAUAAAAUCUCUUUCUUUUCAUGUAUAUUUAUUCUAUAUCAAUUAGGCAUCUGUUUCCCACACAUUCUGUUGUUCCAAGAAUGAGUUAUGUGGAAUAAUUGUGGGUGAGAGAAGAAGAAAUACAGUAGCUGUUAUUUUUGUAUUUUUCUUUUCUCAGAAAGCACCACCCACUAUUGUACAAGCAGGAAAGACCUGGUUUUAGGUGAGAGUCAGGUUACAUUGAUUGGGUUCAGAUGUAAAAAAAAAAAAACAAAAAUGAAAAUCUAGAAGUAAAGAGCAGCCUCAAAUGUUAUUCCCAUCUUGCUUUUCAUUGCCUGGACCUAUUAUAUCUGUUGCCUCUCUGUCUCAAUGCAAAUAAAUGUAAGCUCACGCCUUCUGGUGUUAUUGAACUGCGCUACUGUCCCUAUAAUACAUAUGAUUUAUAUAUCCAUU